GUGCUACUACGUAUAUACAGUCAAAAGUCGCGUGGGGUGACGUAGCUCCAACCCUUCGUGGAAUUCUCCUUUCUCUCGUGGAAGAACGGCGCAGCUCGAAAGCGAAAGAAAGAGAGAGAGAGAGAAAGAUGGGGGGAAGAGGAGCAGAGUGAAAAAGAGAGCAUCGGCCACCGCACACGUCGCGUCGAACCAUCGACGAGCCUUCGUGCCAAAGGCAAACACCAUCCCAACCAGUCCAACCUCGAUACGCCUUCACCAAUGAUAAGAUAAAGAAUUAAGAGAGUUGGAGACGUAAACGGAGAAAAUCAUAAGAAGGACACAUUGUUAAAUGGGCGGACAAGAUAAUAACGGAACACACAGAUGACAACCUGUUAUGAAUCUCCAGAGGUGAACAUUGUUUUAAGCGAGGAAGAGAUACACAAGAGAUACCAAGAUACAGCGAUGGUGAUAUUUAAAGAACAACAGAGCAGAAGGAAAGAAGUCGUCAACUAUCUCAGUUUUGGAGACAGUCGCAGGACGAUGGAGUACAGUAGUAAUGGAAAUCAAACCGUUGUCAUACGUAGACCAAUAGUGGUUAGACAGAAUAAUUACUUACCUUCGCAUAUAUUAAAAGCUGGGAGGAAAUUGUACGAUAACUUAAUGUACAAAACACGUUCAAACUAAUCAUUAGUUCAAUAAAUUUGUUUGUGCGCCUUAACAUUGUAUCUAUUGAUGCUUCAAAAGAAUAAUAAACAAUUAUUCGCAAC